CCUGGAUAUCCAAGUACUGUCAAUUUAGGAGUUGAACAUCAUAGCCAUGGCCAUAGCCGGACCUCCGGGACUGGAGUUUGACCACAACUGGCCAGAAUCUGCAGAAUGUCUCACCUUAGACUUUGGCCCCUUUGAAACGGUGCACAGAUGGAAGUGCAUGCCAGAGUGUGAUGAAUUUGUUGGUGCAAGGCGAAGCAAACACACAGUGGUGGUUAAGGAUGCAAUUUAUGUGUUUGGUGGAGACAAUGGCAAAUGGAUGUUGAAUGACCUGCUCAGGUUUGACGUCAAGGAAAAGUCAUGGGGUAGAGCAUUCUCGACUGGCCUCCCACCUGCCCCACGAUACCAUCAUUCAGCUGUGGUACAUGAGUCAUCCAUGUUUGUAUUUGGAGGUUUCACUGGAGACAUCCACAGCAACAGCAAUCUCAAGAAUCAGAAUGACCUGUUUGAAUACCGUUUCCAAACAGGACAGUGGAUCGAGUGGAAAUUUACUGGCAGAGCACCAGUCCCACGGUCAGCUCAUGGAGCAGCAGUGUAUGAAGGAAAGUUGUGGAUAUUUGCUGGGUACGAUGGCAAUUUCAGACUCAACGACAUGUGGACAAUUCCACUUGUGGGUGAAAACAGACUUUGGGAAGAAAUCAGUCAGACUGGUGACUGUCCUCCAACCUGCUGUAAUUUCCCAGUUGCUGUUGCUCGAGAUUCCAUGUUUGUGUUCAGUGGACAAAGUGGUGCCAAAAUAACAAAUUCACUCUUCUACUUCACAUUUAAAGAUAGAUGCUGGACCAGAAUAUCAACUGAACACAUCCUCAGAGGAGCCCCACCACCAACUAGACGUUACGGCCACACAAUGGUUGGCUUUGAUAGGCACCUCUAUGUGUUUGGAGGAGCGGCAGACUCCACUCUUCCUAAUGAUCUUCACUGCUUUGAUUUAGACAGUCAGACAUGGUCAGUGAUACAGCCUGCCCAAGACUCUCAGGUUCCAUCUGGCCGCCUCUUCCAUGCUGCAGCUGUUGUUGGUGAUGCUAUGUAUGUGUUUGGUGGAACAGUCGACAACAAUGUCAGAAGUGGAGAGAUGUAUCGCUUCCAGUUUUCAAGUUACCCUAAAUGUACUCUACAUGAUGACUUUGGCAAACUCCUAGAGAGUCAGCAGUUCACCGAUGUGGACUUCAUAGUUGGCAUUGAAGAGAAGAGGAUCUCUGGCCAUGUUGUGUUUGUGGCAGCUCGUUCUCAGUAUCUGAGAAACCGAAUUCGUCAGGCCAUGGAAGCCAGAGACAAACAUCUGGAGAAGGUAUAUGGCACAACAGCAAUUCCAACACAAGAUAUGCCAACCUUAGAAGUCAAACUCCAAGAUGCAGUCCCUGAAGCUUUUGAGAUGGUGUUGAAUUACAUUUACACAGACCGCAUUGAUCCUUCUCGCUGCAAGAAGGACCAGAAUCCUAACAAAAUUGUUCUGAUUAUGAUGGAUGUGUACCGUCUUGCUGUUCAGUGCCACAUGCGUCGCCUGGAGCAGCUGUGUGCAUAUUUUGAAGCCACAUCAAUCACGCGCAAUGUCUUAGUUGCUUUGUGCAAUGCUGCCAACCUGAAGCUGUUCUUCAUCAAGACCAUUUUUUUCUUACAGUUUAUAGUUCGUGAAAAGCAACUACAAUCAAAUUUAAUGUCAAAGGAGUUUGAGAUGCUGGACAAACCACUUAUGGUGGAGAUCAUCCCGAAGCAGAUGCCGCAAAUGAGGUCCCUACAGGAACCACAGUUUGAAUCAUCAGGCACAACACUGGAGCAAGACAUGGAGCAGUUGCUGAAGAGUGUUGGCCAGGAGUUUUGUGACAUUACUCUCAUGCUGGCUGGAACCCCCAUCAGGGCACACAAGGCUGUACUGGCAGCCAGGUGCUCCUAUUUUGAAGCCAUGUUUAGGUCGUUCAUGCCAGAGAACAGUAUUGUGCAGAUUGCUAUUGGAGAGACAAUUCCUUCCCAACAGUCUUUUGAUUCUUUGCUGCGUUACAUCUAUUAUGGGGAUGUUGACAUGCCUCCUGAGGACUCGUUGUACCUCUUCUCUGCCCCCUAUUUUUAUGGCUUUACAAACAACAGACUUCAGGCAUUUUGCAAGCAGAAUCUGGAGAUGAAUGUUACCUUUGAAAAUGUAAUACAGAUUCUAGAAGCUGCAGAUAGGAUUCAAGCUAUUGAUAUGAAGAAAUAUGCUUUGAAUCUCAUUGUUCAUCAUUUCCCAAAGGUCGCACAGCUGCCAAAGAUGAAAUGCCUGAGCCGUGAUCUCCUGCUUGACAUCCUCGAGGCUUUGGCUGAAGACAUGUCUGACUCAAAGCUGUGCCACGACAUGUCCUCAAUAAGUUUAAGCACUUCGGACUCGGGAUGAACCCUCCAAGAGUGUUUAGAUGAGGAGUAUUUAGUGGAAGAGGUCACUCAGCCAGACCAGUAUGAACUCGAAGCAGACAGGAACAUCUUACGCAAACUGAAUGAUCAUGUCUUUAGGGAGAGAUGUAGUGUCCUACUAAGAUGCGGCUACAUGUGCUUUGAUUAUGCGUCUUGAACCUAGAAAUGGAGAACAUUCAGUCAGUAUUAUGAUCUGUCAAAUGCUUUUGGGUAUCCAUUGUACCUGAACAGUUAAUAUUACUCAGUUUUGGACUUUUCUGUGAUUCGAAAAUGGGCACAAGGAUCUUUAAGAAAGUAGCAUUUACGUAAUAAUAUAUUUUGCUACACAUUCUUCCCAUUAAGUGGAAUGAAAGCAGCUUUACUGGUGCUUAAAUUUUGCCAGGAAAUAUAUUCUCAUUAUUUCUGACAAGUGAUAGUACAUAGAAUAUUAGAUAUUAUUAAACUGUUAAAAGUA